AUGGAAAACCAACAGCAAGAAAAAGAAAAAGAAAAAGACUCUCUCCUCUCCCUCUUUGACACCCUCUGGUUCUACCACCCAAUCCUCUUCCACAACCCUCCUCCUCCUCCUCCUCCUCCGGCACCGGCGCCGGAGCCUAUCCCCAUCAAAGUAGUUCAACGUAUACGAAGUCACCGGAGAAGUCUAAGUGAUGAGCAACUACUUCAUAUUCCUUCAUCCUCAACUGCAACCAACUCUCAUUCUAAACUCCAAACCAUUCUCUCAGGCAAAGAAAGUACUGUUCUUCAAGAGAACACAAGCAUUGAAAUCAAGAAGACAGGGAAUAAUAAUAAUAAUAAGCACUCUAAACGGAGAUUAUAUAGAAGGAGAGGAAGUAGUAGUACCAAAAGCUUAUCAGACUUGGAGUUUGAGGAGCUCAAAGGCUUCAUGGACCUUGGAUUUACCUUCUCCGACGCAGAGACUGAUCCCAGACUCAUGUCUAUUGUUCCUGGACUAAGGCGAAGGGUUGCAUGUGAUGAUGAGAAGUUUGAAAGUGAAAGACAUGGAUGUGAUGAUGAUGAUGAAGAAGGUGGUGGUGGUGUAGUGAGGCCUUACUUGUCUGAGGCUUGGGAGGUGGAGGAGGAAAGGAGGUUGAGGAAUUGGAAAAUUCCGGCGCCGGUGGAAGGAGUGGAUAUGAAGGAUUGUCUCCGGUUGUGGGCUCAGGCUGUGGCCUCUACCGUCCGGUGA